UCCGCCUGGACGGUAGCGGAAGAAGUGAAAGUAUAGCUUUUCUGGGUGAAGUGUUUCCUUGAGAGACGCGUUUCUGUUUUGAAAUACGUUUUUGAAGAAAAGUUGGAAGAAUAUUAUCAUAUUUUAUGUUAACGCUGUGUUCUAUGCAGUGUACUUUGGAUGAACGUGUGUGGAAGAUAAUUUGACGAUACGAUAUUACUUUAGGAAUAUCUAAAGUUUUUGUAACAUAGAUAUCCACAUACAGAUACAUCAUGUGCUGACAACAAUAGAAUAUUUCGAAAACCGAAAGAAAAUUAGAAAAAAAUAUAAAUCAUAAAUAGAAUUUUAUAAAACACACAUACACCAAAUCAUAUUAAAAAAGAUAAAUAAAUAAACCAGUGACAUUAACUUUGAAAGAAAGUAGAUAAAACGCCAGAAAGUAAAACACAAAAAAAAAAGAGAAAGGAAAAGAGAGAAAACAAAAGUUAACAAAAGAGAAAAUUGUGUAAGAAAGCAGGCUCAGUAUAAAUGCAACUGAAAGGCGAAAACUGAAGUCGCUGCCACCAUCAUGAAGGCGAAACACUGGUGGCAGGCAGUGGUGUUGUCAGUGUGGUGUUGGCAAGCGUGGUGUUUUGUCAGCGAAGGUGACAUUCCCAGCGGUCUGGAAGAUAG